CGCCGCCGCCUGCCUGGGGCAACCCCUCCAUCCUCCCCGCGGGCGCAGCAUGGACUCGCUGCUCCACGUCCGGCUACAGGUGCGACGGACAACGAGUCUCAGCCACAACGCAGCUCGGUUCAAGGGCUUCCCCGCCAGUCCCUGCGUGUAUGUUGUCGUCCGCUACUGCGACAACGCGGUGACACGGACCAACAAGCUCUCGACAUCGCUCCCUGUCUGGCUCGACACGGCCUCGGCUGCCUCGGCUGCCUCGGUCUCCAAGCGCCAUCCGGCCGUGGCGAGCUUCAUGGCUCAUUCGACCGACGCGCCACUCGCUUUUGAGCUUGACGUUGUGCUCGCCCGCGCAGAGUGCGCUGUCGGCGAUCUAGUUCCUGGCGCAGAGUGCUCGCUCCCGCUAGUCUCGCUCCUGCCGCCGGCUUCCAAUGCUGAGUCGGCCUUGGGCGGCCCAGCCGCGAACCUCGUCGCCGACCUCAUCGUCUUUGUAGUGCCAUCGAAUGACGCCGUCAUGACCCCACUCGAUGCCGAGGAGCUCGACGCCAUCUCCACCACUGAUCUUUUUGCCUCGGGCGCUGCCGUCCAAACCGCUCGUGCCGCCGCCCACGUUCGCAUCAAGGCCUCGGCCGCCGCCGCUGCCUCGAGCUUUGACGGCAGCCCGCAGAAGCUUCCGCCCCCGCUUCGUGCCCGCCUCGAUCAAGUCUUUGACAUGCUUGCCGGCGGAAGCUCGUCCUUUAAGCUCAAACACGCCCUCACCUACAUGCGCCACGCGUCCGCCGUCUCCUCGCUCCAUGCCUCGGUGCCUGCCGAGUCUGCUGCCGCCGGCCUCAUGGCCUACUUUGGCGUCCGCUCGUCGCGUGGCAAGGUCUCACGCGGCAAAUGGCUAGAAGGCCUAUGCAAGGCCUCCAUCGGCGCCUCUAUUGACGACACUGGUGUCGCAAAGGGGCUCUCGUGGUUCAAUGUCUUCUUUCCACUCCCGCCACCCACCCAACCGCCGUCGGACCCCGGCCCCGACUCGGGCUCGCGAGAGCGUGCCCCGUCGUCAUCAUCGUCGUCGUCAUCGUCGACAUCGUCAUCGUCGUCAGCAUCAUCGUCACCAGCAUCAUCGUCACCAGCAUCAUCAUCGCAGGCUGGGGCAGCAGCAGCGGCUGUUGCAGCCAUUCCGCAUGAGCCCGACUCCGGCUUUGCCUCGGCCUCGUCGCCGGCGCAGUCCUCGUCAGACUCGGCCUCUGCCAUCUCGUCCAGUUCGGACACCUGGGAGCUCGACUCUUAGCUCAUGCCAGUGGUUGAUGCCGCUUACGCUCACCAACCUCCAGCACCGACUCCUCAUCCCGCCUCCGCUUCCGUUUGCGGCUUCCUUCUCCGCAGAGCCCAUCCAGGCUGAGCUUGGCCAGGUCUUGCUUUCGCGACCACCGAGCGCCAAACGCUGACGGCGUCACAUGCGCUGAAGGGUGAUCUGCCACGCAGAGCCACACCGACGGCCGAUCGUCACUUGCGCCAUCUGCUGCGCCUGCAGGCAGUGGCAUCACCGUCGCCAGCGCAGCC